CGUACAUCUACUGAUGCAACCCUUCGCAGUAACGGACCAUCACUGAAUCUUCACCUUUACUACUUCUACUCAUAUAGACACCCUGGCUUUGCCCCGCGUCAACGACUUUGCGAUAUUGCCGUGAUGACGACUCCCAUCGCUGACGUGGACGUCCUUGUCAUUGGAGGCGGCAACGCGGGAUUUAGUGCUGCGAUCUCUGCAGCAGAAUCCGGUGCACGUCGCGUCGUGAUUAUUGAUGCUUGUCCCGAGAGCUGGGCCGGUGGAAACUCGUACUUUACGGCCGGUGCGUUCAGGGUUGUCCAUAACGGAUUGCGGGAUCUUCUACCAAUCGUGAACAACGUUGACGAGGCUACCGCGAAUAAAAUCGACUUGGAGCCGUACACGGAAAUCAACUUCAAAACAGACAUGCAACGGAUCUGCGAUGGCCGCUCUGACCCAGAGCUUUCCCGCAUCCUCGUACAAGAGUCCAACGAGGCUGUCAAGUGGCUCGCCACACACGGGGUUCGGUUUCAGUUAUCUUUCAAUCGGCAAGCCUAUGAGAUUGAUAAUCGCAUCAAAUUCUGGGGCGGUCUGUCUUUGAAGACGGAGAAUGGAGGAAAGGGAUUAAUUGAGGAUCACCUCCAAGCAGCAAAAGCGCUCGGUGUCGAGAUAUUUUUCUCCACCGCGGCAAAGCGUCUGGCAAUAGAUCCACGCACAGGCGCAGUUCGUUGUGUUGUCGUCGAGACACCAAAUGGUACCGAGCAAGAAAUCCGGACAGGUGCUGUCAUUUUGGCGGCUGGUGGAUUCGAAGCCAACCCUCGUAUGAGAGCACAAUAUCUAGGCCCCAAUUGGGACUUGGCCAAAGUACGCGGGACACCUUUCAACACAGGUGGAUGUUUGGAAAUGGCAAUUCGAGAUGUCGGCGCUAAACCAGCCGGGAACUGGUCGGGCUGUCACUCUGUCGCCUGGGAUGCGAAUGCGCCUGCUCAUGCGGGUGAUCGUGCCGUUUCAAACGAAUUCACCAAGUCGGGGUAUCCAUUGGGAUUGAUGCUGAACGUUCAUGGAGAACGAUUCGUCGACGAGGGGAUCGAUCUGCGCAACUACACGUAUGCAAUUUUUGGGAGGGCGAUCCUCGCCCAACCGGGUCAUGUCGCUUUUCAAGUCUGGGACUCCCAGACUACACCUUGGCUACGCAGCGAGGAAUACAGAGAUGGGGUGGUGGAGAAGUUAACUGCGUCUUCCGUCGAAGAGCUUGCUCAAAAGUGUUCCCAGCACGGCUUGAAACACCCGGACAAGUUUGUGAACACAGUCUCCGCAUACAACGACGCUGUGGCCGAGUUUCAACGAGAAAAUCCCAAUCAAAAGUGGGAUCCAGCCGUAAAGGAUGGCUUGUCGACUCAGUCCAGCACUUUGUGUCUUCCUCUGGCCAAAUCGAACUGGGCCUUGCCGUUAACACAAGGGCCCUUCUUGGCGGUCAAGGUCACAUGUGGUGUGACGUUCACAUUUGGAGGGCUCGCUGUAGAUCCAGAGACUACAGGUGUCAUAUCAUCAACCACUAAUCGCGUCAUCCCAGGCCUAUACUGCGCGGGAGAAAUGCUCGGGGGUCUCUUCUACGGCAACUACCCAGGCGGCAGUGGGCUUACAUCUGGGACUGUUUUUGGCCGUAGGGCUGGCCGUGCUGCAGCUGUAGCGGUGAAUGCAGCCACUAAUUCAUAGUGAUUUACGACUAGAUUAGUCGAGGUCAAGGCUGGACUAGGGGAAGUGUACCUUGCGCAUGUGGAGGUGGUAGUUGGCGGAAACCUCGGACGGUUGUCGCUGAAGCGAGUAGGUUGCGAUUCGGUAAGGUCCUGGCCGGCGUCAACGAAUGUGGAUGACUACCUAUUUAAGUUGGCAAGAGUCAUGUUCUAUUCGAGUCAAACAUGGGCCCAAUAAGUAACACGUAUCCCAUUAACUAUGACUCCAGAGUUGUUCCGUCAA